GAUGCACCUGACAGCCAGCCAGCCGCGUUCGCUCUAUGCUCUUUGCAUGCGCCUCUGCUGCUGCUGUCUUAGCAGAUUUAUAAACAACGCAGCUACGAGCUAACUCAGCUAACUCUCUAUUGCUAAAAGGCAACACAGAUGAUUGUUUUGCAGCUGCUAAAACCUCGUCGUCGCCGCUCUUGAACGCAGCCUGGUUUAUAUUUGGCUUAAAGGAGACGCGACAAAGAGAGCAUCAUGGUGACCGCGCUCAUCAGCAGCUUUACUAUCGCUUUAAGAGGCGCAAAAUAGGGUCUGCUUCUUUAAAAUUAUAUCGCUUUAUUGCUGAAUAGAUAAUUAAGAAAAGUUUUAAAUUCCUAAUUAAUAAAUAUAUGUAUUUAAUUUGCGUGUAAAUCCACCUCGCAUUCACAGUAAAAUGCCCCUCUGUUGGAUAAAGGCCGCUGGAAAUCAUCAAAACGUCUUUAAACCAGAUGUUGUCCGCUUUUACUGCGAUUUCUAGUCAACCUGCUGGACUUUAAGCUGAUUUUGCAGCAGGCUGAAGCGUCCUCGGGUGGAGAUGGAAGCGGUAAAUAAAGAUGAAGAGCCGGCGGAGGACAAGGCCGCAGAUGAAACCCCGGCCACAAGUAGGAGCGUUACCCCGCGGAGAGGGCUCAGAGAGCGGGGAGCGAGCCGCCCGAGGUCCGGCGUCUCUCCUUCAUUACUGGACGUUAACGGAGCUGUGUCGAGCUCAGGACGAGUUCUCAGAGACAGGUCAACGAGGACAGUACCGGCCUGGCUGAAGGACACCAAGAGUGACGAUGAGGAAGAAGAAGAGGAACCGAGCCCGGACACCGGUGCGACUAAGAGGCGGAAAGUUCCCAACUCGAGGCGGAAGAAACAGCCUGAUUGUGGGGCUGCUGCUGAGGCUGCAGGGGGGGUCGCAGGUGACAGCCUUCAAGGCACAGACUCAGAGGACCCCAAGAAACCUGCCACAGAUGCUCAAGCUCUACCCUCCAGACGCCCCCCAGCCCAGACUCGUGCCAAGCCCCCGUCUGGCAGGGCCGUCCGCAGCCCUGCCAAGCCCGUGUGUAAGACCGAACCUGGAAUGGAGAACCAAGCUGCAGUGGAAGGAGAGGUAAAAAAUAAAGACAAGUAUGAAAUUAAAAAGAAAGAGGAGGAAAGCGAGGACGUUGCUGAACCAGUCUUGGAUGAUGAAGACCCUCCAUUUCGGGACGACCCCAACGACCUCAGCUACCAGCCACAGAGUCAGAGUGGUGUAGAGGAAGAAGAGGGUCUCAGCAGUGAUGAAGAUCUUCCUUUUACAGAUGACCUAAAUGACCAGAGCUACGAUCCGAAGGAUGAACGGGACGUCCCUAAACCAAAGCGCAGAGCUCCUCCGAGACAGAAGGAGAGGAAAGAGAAAGAGAAGGCUCCUAAAAAAGAGAAGGAGGUUGCUGAGAUAAAGAUCGAAGGUUUGGACAACGUGGAGAGUUUGGAAGAGGAAGUAAAGCUAGAGGAGGAAAUCGUGGAUGACCCGGAUGGACCCAGGAAGAGAGGCCGGCGGAAAAAAGACGAUAAAACUCCGCGGCUGCCAAAGAGAAGGAAGAAGCCCCCUGUGCAGUAUGUGCGCUGUGAAAUGGAAGGAUGUGGGACGGUCCUGGCUCAUCCUCGCUACUUACAGCAUCAUAUAAAGUACCAGCACUUGCUCAAGAAGAAAUACGUCUGUCCUCACCCUUCUUGUGGAAGGCUGUUCCGACUACAGAAGCAGCUGCUGCGUCAUGCAAAGCACCAUACAGACCAGAGGGACUAUAUCUGUGAGUUCUGUGCUCGUGCCUUCAAGAGCUCCCACAACCUGGCUGUGCACCGCAUGAUCCACACCGGAGAGAAGCCCCUCCAGUGUGAAAUCUGUGGCUUCACGUGUCGUCAGAAGGCGUCUCUCAACUGGCACAUGAAGAAGCACGACGCCGACGCCACCUAUCAGUUCGCCUGCUCCAUUUGUGGCAAGAAGUUUGAGAAGAAGGACUGUGUGGUGGCCCACAAGGCUAAGAGUCACCCGGAGGUACUAAUCGCUGAGGCUCUGGCAGCCAACGCUGGCGCCCUCAUCACAACCCCGGCCUCCCUGCUGGAGCUGCCAGGAAACCACAUGCAAGCAGAGGUCACCAGCCUGGACGUGAGCCAAAUGGGGCAGGAUGGGCAGGUGGACCAGCUGAGUCACGAUGGUCAAGUGGCUCAGGUGUCCCAGAUGGGUCAUGUGACCCAACAAGUGAGUCACCAGGUGGUGUUACUGGGACAGGACCAGAGCCUCCACACCAUGCAGGUGCCGGUGACGAUUGCCCUGUCCCCCAUCGACCCCCCGUCGCCAGCUGACAACCAGCAGCAGACUCACCUCCAGCUCCAGAUGCCCGUCCAGUUUGUGCAAGCUGCUCAGCAGCCGCAACAGCUGACCCUCCACUCCGGCUCAGUGGUGACCCAGCAUCAACCCCAGCUGCACUCUCUACAGUCGUACUCCUCCCAGCAGCAGAGCCAGACACAAAUCCUUCAGAUGACCUUCCAGCCAGUCAGCCAGUCUCAGCACCACAUUCAGCAGAUCCCCAUCCUAGCGACCUCUCAGCAGCUCCAGAGCCUGCACGCAGCGUCCCUGAGUUCUCCUCUCCUGUCCCCCUCCCAGCCCCAGUCCCAGGACCCGGCCUCCACUAACGGGGACAGCUUUAUUCUGGACAACCCGGUGCUCUCGUCUUCCUCUCCGUCAGCUGGCUCCCUCGUGCAGACAGAAGUUAUGGGGGAGGACGGCGUGGUCUGGGAGCAGACGGGACACGGGGAAGUUCUGUCGGACAGCACUGAGAGACACGUGCAGCAGACCCUCAUGUAAAACGAGGAUCGCACGAACAGAACAGAAGAUGGAAGCAGAUUGCCAUCAGUGACCUGAUACACUGUACUGCAAUGUUUGAGGUAAAUGUAGGAUCACCAAUAUAUUAUGUACUGUUCACUCAUAGUCAUAUUCGGUAGCUUUUUAGAAUAUCUGUAUCAGGGAAAGAUAUGUAUGUGUGUCUGUAUGUGUAAGUCGUUGCCUUUGUACAUAAGUCCUGUAAACUUAACUAGCCUUUUAUGUGAGUGUGUGUAAUGAUGCUGAGGUUAUGUUGCAAAGCUAUUAUGCAAUAAUAUUAGCAUACCUCUUAGUAAUAUACAACACACACCUAGUGUGUGGCGUCAAGGUUCCUACUGAAAUAAAUCAACUGUAUUUAUAUUAUGAAUUAACACAAACACACGUUAGAAAGCUAUAAACACAAUCCCAAUAUGUGUGGAGUAAAUUCUGUUUAAAUGAAUAAUAGGCAGCUAUUUUUUUCAUUUAGUGUCCAGAUCUACUGUAAAGCCUUUAUUUGGCGAGGUUAAAAGAAAAAUACAACUGACAAAGAGAAACAUUUCAAAACCUGAAAAGGAAUAGACAAAACUUAUGUUUUACAGUCCUGUAAAAAAAAGUCACAGAAUAUGCAUAUUUUAGCUAUUUUGUCAGUGUCAUUAAACAUGUUUCACUGGCAGCUGUUUGUUAAGCUUGGCUGUUGGUAGACUUUGAAGGAGUAAUAACCUAUAUAAUGUAUAUACUUAUCACGUCCUCGGUCAUUAUAGGCAGCUAAAAGGUGACCUUGGAUACUGUAAAUCACACGUGAACUCAUAAAAUAACAGCAAGCACAGAAUUAAACUCAAACAUUGUCAAUAACCUUUGAAGUGUAAAUGUAAUUUGAUAAGCAAAGCUAUGUAGAGAAACCUUGGAGCAUAUGUCGAUACUAAAUCUGCACCUCUUCUGGUUUGUGAUUUAGGAUGUGUGGUAGAGCAAACACAAAAACUGUUCAUUUAUAAGAUGAAAAUAAAUGUCUUAACAUUUAUCUAAAGUGUAUUCACUAAUGGUAGUCAACACGAACCCGAGCAAUCUCACUGACUGUCUUGAACUGGGGCAGUUAUAGGCUCGAUCCCAAUGUCCACUCUCACAGACUCCCGCAAAGUUUAGAGUCCAUGAGGGCGCCCUCGCAGACGUUUUGAGCCCUUUAUGAACAAUUUCCGGUAGUCUGUAUUUCUGCAUUUCUGCAGACUUUGCCUGAGGGAAUUACCCACAAUUCAUAGCGUUGUGACGUUAAACACAGGGUUACUAGGGGAAGCCCGGAGGCAUAAAAUAAACGAUAAACAAGAGGACAGGACAUGGGUGUUCAGCCAGGCAUAUUUAAAUUUACACAGAAACGUUAACAUUAAGGAUUUGAGAGGGUACAUAAAAAACACAUGAAAUCAGAGUAAUGCGAGUAUCAGAGUAUUAGAAUAUUACACACCUGCUUUAUUCAUCAAACAUUUCUUUUAUUUUUUCUUCAUGAAGUUUGACAAAAACAAGUAAAU